CUAGGGUUUGCGACCACAGGACCAAUAUAUUCUCUUUCUCCAUAUGCUGUGACCCUUUUGUUGCAAUCUUGUUUCACUCUCGGAAAAAGAUCGAGGGAGCUCAGGCACUCACAAGAUGGUGCAGAGACUCACAUACCGAAAACGGCAUAGCUAUGCCACCAAAUCCAACCAGCACAGGAUCGUCAAAACCCCUGGAGGGAAGCUGGUGUACCAAAGCACCAAAAAGAGAGCUAGCGGACCCAAAUGUCCUGUUACUGGAAAGAGAAUCCAAGGGAUUCCUCACUUGAGACCUGCUGAAUACAAGAGGUCUAGAUUAUCUAGGAAUCGCAGGACAGUGAAUCGUGCCUAUGGUGGUGUAUUGUCUGGAGGUGCUGUCAGGGAGAGGAUCAUCCGAGCCUUCUUGGUUGAAGAGCAAAAGAUUGUGAAAAAGGUCCUGAAGAUCCAGAAGGCGAAGGAAAAGCAAGCCUCAAAGAGCUGA